UCCCCGAGCCCGCUCCCCUCCUCCGCCUCUUGGCGCUCCUCAGCCCGCCCCGACGGCGCCCGGGCGCGCGCGCGCUUCUCGCUGCCCAUUGUCCUCCCGGCAGGCUCGUCCCGCGUCGCUUCCGCCGUCCCACCGGCCGUCCUGCCUCCCCCGGGCGGCCCCUGCGCCCCCGCACCGUCUCCCCAUGGGGCCGGGAGAUUCCGAGGCCUAGGCACCCCCGCCUUUCGAAGGCACCUUCCGGCGGAUGGGCGCAAGAUGGCUUGAUUUCCACGGCUGUCACGGAGCGUUUGGAGCUGGGCUGCUCGCUGGAGAAAUCCCACCGGCGCAAUGGACGGAGUCAAAGCAGAUCGCAGGGAUCCGCCGGGACUGGAGGAGCAGAGCCGGCGAGGAGGUUGUGUGAUCCAGCGCCUUAGGUUGCCCUGAUGCCAUGGUCCAGGAGAAGGUCUGGAGAGAUUCUGAUUUCUGCGGUCGGAGUGGACCCGUCCGGAUAAUAAUAAUUAUUUUUAUUUCUUCUUCUUCUUCCUCUUCUUCUUCCUCUUCUUCUUCCUCUUCUUCUUCUUCCUCUUCUUCUUCUUCUUCUUCCUCUUCUUCUUCUUCUUCGCGGCGUUCCAGCUGCUUGCCUUUCAGGGUGGAAAUGGACUGAUCCAAGGGGGUACCUGGUGGGAGGGAAAGCUAGCAGCCUGGAUUUUGCUGCUGCCUGAUUGACUGGAGAGCAAACGAGACCGGCUGGGAUUUCCGGGGGGCGGCGGGGGGAGAUGAAGUAACCUUGGUCCAGACAUGGCAAAUCGGGAACCAUUCAGCUGGAUGCCUCCUUCCGCCGGGCGGCAGGCGCUGCUCCCCGUCUCCCCCAACCCGCCUCCCCAGCGAGAGCUGCUGCCGCCGUUCUAAACAUUCAUCACCACGGCGAGAAGCGGCAGAGGCUCCGAUCUCUCUUCCAGAUGCGUCCCUACCCAGCCUGGCUAUAGAGGACAAUAGCGGGGCCAGGAUCAGGGCCUGCCGGAAGAGACCGAGCGGGAAGAAGGGGCCAUCCCUUCGAGAUGACAGCCUCCCCAUCCCCAUCCCUUCCUGGCAGAAGGAAGCAAGACUGGUCCUGUCUCCAAGGCAACAGCUCCGGGCAUCCCCAGCCUGCCUCUCUGGAUAGGGUGUGAGCCCUGAGCAACCCGGACAGGGGAGGGUGGAUUGGGACAUGGUCCCCCAGCCAGCUGCUUGAGGUGUCGUCUUUGCCAGUGAUUUCUCAGACCAGAGAAGGUGAGACAAUGCCCCCCUUUAGCACUGGGGUCAUGGGCCAUCACCGGGCACGUCGCCGCUGAGCCAGUUUUCCCCCUUCCUUUCCCCACCUAAAGAUGGCCAGUGCCAACGAGAGUGAAGAAGCCCAUGGCUCAGCGCCCCACGCAGCCUCCACCUAUGCCAAGUUGCUGCUCUUGGGCCUCAUCAUCUGUGUGAGCCUGGCAGGGAACCUGUCCCUCUCGCUGCUGGUCUUGAAAGAGCGUGGCCUCCACAAAGCACCCUACUACUUCCUGCUGGACCUGUGCCUGGCUGACGUGAUCCGCUCAGCUGUCUGCUUCCCCUUUGUCCUCGUCUCAAUCCGCCACGGCUCUGCUUGGACUUACAGUGUGUUGAGCUGCAAGAUUGUGGCUUUCAUGGCUGUCCUCUUCUGUUUCCAUGCUGCCUUCCUCCUCUUCUGCAUCAGUGUCACACGCUACAUGGCUGUGGCCCACCACCGCUUCUAUGCUAAACGCAUGACCUUCUGGACAUGUGUGGCUGUCAUCUGCAUGGUGUGGACUUUGUCCGUGGCCAUGGCCUUCCCACCCGUCUUCGACGUUGGGACCUACAAGUUCAUCCGUGAGGAGGACCAGUGCAUCUUUGAGCACCGCUACUUCAAAGCCAAUGACACCCUGGGCUUCAUGCUCAUGCUGGCUGUGCUGAUCUUUGCCACCCACGUGGUUUACAUCAAGCUCCUUCUCUUUGAGUACCGCCAUCGCAAGAUGAAGCCUGUCCAGAUGGUCCCAGCUAUCAGCCAAAACUGGACGUUCCAUGGGCCGGGAGCCACUGGGCAAGCUGCAGCCAACUGGAUUGCUGGCUUUGGCCGCGGCCCCAUGCCUCCUACCUUGUUGGGCAUCCGGCAGAAUGCUCACGCUGCCAACCGGCGCUUGCUGGGCAUGGAAGAAUUCAAGGCUGAGAAGAGGCUAGGCAGGAUGUUCUACGUCAUCACUUUGCUCUUUUUGGUUCUGUGGUCACCCUACAUUGUGGCCUGCUACUGGAGGGUAUUUGUCAAAGCCUGUAGCAUCCCCCACCGCUACCUCUCCACAGCUGUUUGGAUGAGCUUUGCCCAAGCUGCUGUCAACCCCAUAGUUUGCUUUGUACUCAACAAGGACCUCAAGAAGGGCUUGAUCACCCACAUUCCCUGCUGGAGGACAGAGCCCGAACUGCCCAGAGAGCCUUAUUGUGUGAUGUGAGGAGUGCCAAGGGUUGGCUGGAAGGCAUCUGCCUGUGCCAAACUGAAUUUGAGUUUCAUUUCUUUCUUAUUUAUAUAUCACACAAGAUGCCAAAAGAUGGGUCGUUCUGCUUCCCCUGCAAUUUUGGCCAUGGUUCCCCAGAGUACUUGGUGUCACAAUGGACUAUGAUCGCUUCAGUUAACCCAGGGCAAAUAUCCAAAACCACUCAUUCACUACAAUGAGAUCAGAGCUGGAUUCUGGUCUCAGCUCCCCUGGGGUAAAUCCAGAGCUAUACGAUGACAGUAGCUGGUCCCCAGUAGUGUUCCAGCAAGGUCUUAGAAGGGGUACAAAAUAUCCUGUGCAUCAUGGAGUUUUCCUCUUUUUAUAGCCCACAAACUCUAUCCAGUUGCUUAAAUCAGACACUGCAAAACUCCAUAGAACCAACACCAGAAACUUUUGCGUCCAUUAUUUCAAAGUGUUUGAUAUAGCAGCUCUAAAGGUGUGUCUGGCAUCACUGAAAAGAGGCCAGAAUCAGAUUUUUGUAUUUGGAUUUUCCAGAGUGAAGCCAAAGCCAUCCCACUCACUGGAGCAAAACCACUUCAUGCUCAGCAGGGUUGAUUUGGCUUUGCAGCUGGAGGCAGGGCUCUGAUGAUGUAGAAGAUUAACUCUCCCAUUCAGUUAUUCAUUCCAUCAAUUAAACCAAUUCCACACGGUCUCAGUUUGAGGCUAAGUUGAGGGGGGCCCCACAGGGACAGGAAGGAUAGAGGGGCAGGGGAGGAAAGGAGGCAGUAGACACAGCUGUUUAAGGGAAUGCCAUGGAGCUAGCCUUGACUUGGCUCCUUGUCAGUCAGAAGCUGUAACCAGGGAGCCUUGGAAACCCCACCUCAGUUGCCAUGGCAGCAACCAAUCCAAGGCCCUGCAGACCAUGUCACCCUGGAACAAUGCAAGCAGGAAGAUGCGGGUAGGGUGUGGGGGAGGAGGAAGCCACCAAGAAAUCCUAACGCAUUCCCUGAAGAGUGGGAAAAGGCAGAGACAUCAACAUGCAAGGCAGACAGUGGAGAGCACCCGAGGCUGCAGAAAGUGUAGGGUAACUACAGGAGAAUCAUGUGCAAUGAUGUCAAUAUGGCACAUGCCCAGCUAAAAUGGAAAGCAAAAACGCCACUGUUGCAAGGCAUAUAAUGCCACAAUACUCCCACCACCCGUUGAUUCUCACACAUUCAGAUCACACAGCCCAUUGCUUCCUCCUUGCCGUGUCACAUCACAGAACUGUUUGCACUGUUCUUGUGAGACAAUACCAGAUCAUGUAUGGAAAGCUCACCCUUCCCAGAGUUGCUGUCUCGUACCUCUGGAUUUAUUCCAGUGGACAAGUUGUCUGUGCUUUGGGUCAUUGACAGAAAGAGGGCAAAUAGCCCUUUGGCUCGGAAGGAGGCCUGAUUGUUCUAGUGUCCAACUCUAAGAAGGGAGUCAAGCCUCGAAAAAGGGGGCGUGGGAGGAAGAAUGUCACCAUCUCUGAGAGAAGAGGGGUACACUGGGUAGUGUGAGUGUGAGAGAGGACUCCAGUUCUGGGUUGCAGUGGUUGGCUUGUUUAUUUAUCUAUUAAAGGGAAAGGGAAAUGUGGGGAUUGGAACUCCUGGUUCUUUUUUCAUCUGAACAGAUGAAUGGGGCCUGAAGUUUAGAGGAUCUGGGAGUCCUGAGAUUGCUGGGUUCACCCUUAGUUGUGAUACCCAUCGGUUCCAUUUUGGCUUUACCCCUCAGGCAGAUACUCCCCAAAUCCAAGAAACUCAAUUACCAGACAUAUUGUUUGAGGAGCGGAGGGGGGGCACAUGGGACAUUCUAAUUCAAUGGGACUAUUGUUAAUGCUGAGGUGCUCCUUAUGGGGUGGGGAGGGGAGAAGAGGAUUCAAGAGGAAAGAGGUGGUUGAGAAAUGAGGCCUAGAAGAAGCACUGCUGGGAGUAACGUUGGAGAAAAAUGAAGGAUGAGUGAAGGGAGAGGUCAGGGAGGGAAUUAAGAGCAGAGCACAGUUUGGGAGGUGGGAGCAGGGAUGGGAGGGUGGGGAGAUCAGGAACCAGGUGAGAAAAGGAUGCAGGGGUUGGGGCUGUCUCCCACUUGUUUCCAUUCGAAGGACCCAGAUGCUGACUUUUGCCUCUGAAGACAAGACUGUUCAUCUUAUCCUCCAGCCCUGCCCCCGCUGAAUGGCCUUAAAUCACUGGCCAGCAUUAUGGCCACCCUGCAGAAAUCUGUAUUUGAAAAAAAUAUGGGAGAUGAACACAGAUUAUUUCCAGAAUGCUUUUUCUGGAAAGAGACUUGAAAGAAGUUGAGAUUUGUUUUUGUUUUUAAAAAGGAAGUCGAAUAAAGAAAUUGAAACUUUAGUGGGAGAGGGAGGGUUGGGUGGGGGGCACAGGACAAAUGGAUGGAUGUGUGUCCCCUGCAAUGUACGCUUCUGAACUUCUUUCAGAUGGGGGCAGCUUCGGGGUGGGUGGAUAGGGGAUGACUGGAUUGAGGGGUGGAAAUUGAUUUUUGGGGUGGGGACUCUGUUCUAUCCUGCCCCACCACCCCCUUUUUGUGUCAAAUUUGUUUCCAUUCCCUCCUUUUUCUGGGGAUUUUCUCAUUUCCUUUUCCUUUCUUUUGUUUUUUUAUAAAACUAUAUAAAAAACAUGGAAUGAAAUGCAAACUUCCUGGGUGAUUUUUUUUGAGACAGAAGCAAAAAGAAAAAAAAGUGAAUACAAACAUUCCACUGAGGGCUAACAUGACAUGGAAGAUCCACGAUCAGAUUUCCCAGCAUUGUUUGUAGGCUUAAGCAGUCCUGCAUGUGUUAUACUUUCCCCUGCACUUCACUACUUCUUUGAUAGAAAUUGCCCCCCACCCCCACUUACCAAGGUACUAUUAGGUAUGGAGGGAGAAAAGACAGGUAUGUUGUGGGUACUUGCCCUCCCUUCCCCUGCUUCUAACAACUGGUGUGGGUGUGAUUUCCGUCAGGGGACCUGCACAGGAAGAAUGCUUAAUUCCUCUCUCCCUGUGCUGUGGCCCCAAUUAUGUCAUGUGAGUUGCCCCUGGAAAAUAUGAUCACAGUUCUUGGAAACUUCCAUUUUGACCAGUGGAAAGUUAAAGAGCAUGAGGAUUACAGUUGCCACCUUUAUUGUGUUCAGCUGGUGCUUCUGAGAGAGCAGAAUGCCUUCUCCAACAGUGUAAGUUUAAGACUGCAAAGUGAAAGUCUUCUUUUGUGCAGAGUGCCUUUCCUCUAUGAUGGGAACCACUCAAAAAAUGUAGACAAAAUGCCUGGGAGCUUAAGCAGCGUGUCCCCUUCAGCUGUGGGGAAAUAAUGGAAUCGCCAACCCCACAAUUUGUUGUCACUUUGCAUACUCCUCUUCUGGCAACUGGCCAGGAUGAAAUGUUGACAAAUUGACAAUCCUGAUGGGAAUUCUCAGCUGUAAUCCCAGAUGGGAUUUAAUGCAAUAAACAACUUUGCACAUGGGACCCCACUUGCAUCUGCUUUCAGUGUUAGAGCCCCAAUAUAGGAGCAAAUGAUAUUAACGCAUUUGCAUGUACAGGUGUACUGGCCAGUGAGGCAGAAGAUGUCUCUGUCUCUCAUACUUUCCCCAUACCUCCAAUCUAGCCUUUAUGAUUCUGGAUGCAACACAGAAUUACCUCUAGGAAGGCCUGAGCCCCAACUCUUAAAUAAUAAAAAAUAAUAAACCCAAAAUGAACAUUUGAAAAGCUUUUUUUAAAUAAAAAGGUCUUGAUCACAUGGCAGAAGCCAUCUAAACCUGCCUGUCAAUUAUUUCUUAACAGGCUCAGCAACAGGGGCUCCACCACUAGCACAGCCCAACACUAGGGGUGCUUAGUCUCCCUUCUACCCUAGGAAGAGAGGCUUUGGCUGAGCCCUUCCCUCAGCCACUCACUACUAUUUCCCUGUGCCUCGUCCUUGGCAACAAGUGGCGGAAGGGUGUAAUAAAGAGACAGGGCCAAGCCUCUGUUGCUGGUCCAAAUGCACAAGAGGUGGCUAAGUGUGUGAUGGGGAGAAUGGCCAUAGGAUCAGGGUGGUACUGUUACAAAGGCUUCUGGCCCUUGACUUGUGAUUGCCUAUCCCUAGUGUACAAAUAUGGUCUUCUCUAGAAAAGCUAUUCUAUAUGGGCACUUCCAUACUGCUGCUAUUUUUGAUCACAUGCCAGCAAAUUCAAAUU